CUUGAAUUUCUUUUCCUGCAAAACUUCUGCGAAAAGCUUUACUAUGCGUUUCCUGUUCGUGAACUACGACGUCAACUGGGGACCUCUACAUCAAGCCUUUCGAAACCGAAAUCAGAAAACGGUGGAAGGGGUGAGAAGGGAUGAGGUGAUAGAGGUAGGGGAGGAAGAGGUAGUAGAGGUUGGGGGUAAUGAGGUGGUAGGGGUUGGAGGAGGUAGCAUACCCAUAACCGUAGUAGAAGUAGAGGGUAGAGGCGAGAGGGAUUAUGAUGUGAACGCCGAGAUAGUGGAAGAGGUGCAGCAGUAUAGGUCUGAACUAAGGAUCAGGGAUAGCCUGGGUCACUUAGUGGAAAAUUACGAGAUCUCUUCUCGAGUGCUGGUUAGGCCAGCUGGGGUAGAGGAGAGAGCGUGUUCUGCUCCUCAGGACCAUUGGAUGCCCAUAUAUUCUCACUAUCUGAUAGCAGGAUUGAGGUUUCCAAUUCCUGAGUUGCUAGUAGGAUUGUUAUUAGAUUACAAUAUAGGGUUGACACAAUUAGUCCCCAAUGCGGGGGGUAGUAGGAGGGAUAAGGGGUGGUAUUAUUUUACCCCAAGGGUAGCCAAUAGGGAGAGUAGGUCUUUAUUCACAACAGGUCCUUCAUCCAUUAAAGGAUGGAAGGAAAAAUUAUUUUUGGCGGAUGAUACGGAGUGGGGGAGAGGAGAUGCCGAAGAAGAAGUGAGGAGGUUGGUGAGGAAGAGAGGGGAUUUACUGAACAUAAUGGACCUCACCAGCGCACAAUGCAUAGAAGCUGCUGAGCUCUAUGGGCCAAGCACUUUGAGUGAAGCUGAAAUGGACCAGUUUUUAAACACUGCUGGAGGAGCGGCCAUCCCCAAGAAGCCAAGGAAGAAGUUAAAGACUUCAACCAAGCAAGUGGAUGAGGGGAGGGCGAGGAAGGAGGUAGUGCCCAUGACUUCAGCUGAGGCGGAGGAGGAGGUGCCACAGUUGAAGAGGAAGGGGUGGGAGGAGAGGAGGGCACUGCAGAAGAAGCAGAAGGUGGUGGAGGAGGAGACGAGGAAUGAGGUCCCUCUGUUCGUACCUCGGCCUUCUCCUGUUGAGUUGGACCCUGAGCUCAGACAGUUGGAGGAGGGGGCUGAGGUACGAGCUCCUGGUAAGGGAAAGGGCCCUGUUCCCCCACUAGGGCCUCAGAGCAACCUGUUCGAGGCGAAGAACAUAACGGGGGCUAGGUGGUUCAUCAACAACACCUUCCCCGAAGUGGACAGAUGCAACGUGCGGGAGGAAGCUCUGAGGUAUGGUGGAGCGUCUGUGGUGAAGCACGUUCUAGAGAAGGAGAAGAAGGAGUUGGAGAAAAGAAACAAAGAACUGCAAGAGUCGCUAAACGAGGUGGUUCCAACUGUGAAGCAGUUGGAGCAGGAAAGGGCUUCCCUGAGCACCAAGCUCGUCUUUGAGGAAAGCAAACGAAGGAUCUCCGAAAGCGAGCGUGAGGCUCAGGCGCAAGAACUAAAGCUGAUGACGGAGGCUUUCUUGGAGCUGAAGGAGAAUGUGCAGACCUUGGUGCAUAAUGGAAUGAAGGAGCACAUCAGCAACUUCAUCAGCUCCAGCUCGAAGAAGGUGAAGGCAGAAUAUCCCAAAGUGGAUAUUACGAAGAUCACCUUCGGAGAGCAAGAAGAAGGAGUGGAGGAAGACAGUGAAAGCAUGUCAGCAGACUUCCAUCCUCAGAUCAAACUGAGGUGGGAGCAUGAUGCAAAUGGACGUGCUAUUUUCCCUCCACAGUUCAACUUUGAGUUCGUUGCAGUGGGGGAAGAAGGGGCAGAGGUAGAGGAAGACGAGAUGGAGGCAGGAGUGGAGGGAGCUGAAGUGGAUGAGAGCCAACCAGUUCCAAAAGUGGAGAUUCAUUCAGUUCCCUCCGACGAUGAGCAGCCUCCUCUGCCAGACGAGCAGCAGCCAACACAGCCACCUCCUCCAGCUGAGUAGGAGCCAGUGGAGCCACCUCCUCCAGCUGAGUAGGAGCCAGUGGAGCCACCUCCUCCAGCUGAGUAGGAGCCAGUGGAGCCACCUCUCCCAGCGGAGAAAUAAUUUUAUUCUUUAAUUUUUUGUAAAAACAUUUAGACAGUUUGUAACACUGUUAUUUUGUUAAAUGAAAUUAUAUGUUUGUU